CGCGCGCAGGGGGCGAGUGCGCCAGGCGCUUGCUCCCCGCAGAGCGCUAGUCGCCCGCCGGAGCUUCUGCCAGGAGAUGAGGUGGGAGGCGCUAAAAACCACUUAGCUAUAGCCAACCGCCCAAUGCAGCACUCGCUCGCUCCCCCCGCCAGCGGAAGCGCCCGCGGAGCACAAUGCAGCACUGAGGUAGCGCCGCGGCGGAGGCUGCAGCGCCGCGGCCGCCGCAGCACCGGCUAGGGCUGGGAGGGGGCGGCCCAGGCGAGCCGGGGGCCCCGGGCGCCGGAUCCGGACCCGGCUGCCCGGGCAUGAGGAACUGAGCGUUUCGGGCGAGGCCGGCUGACAGGCAGCACCAUGCAGGCGGCGGCGGCGGUUGUGUCCGUGCCCUUCGUGCUGCUGUGCGCUCUGGGGACCUGUCCCCUGACGCGCUGCGGGCGGCCAGGAGACGCCUCGUUGACGGAGAUGGAGAGGAGGAACGAAAACCGCUUCCUGGAGCGCCAGAGCAUCGUUCCACUCCGGCUCAUCUACCGCUCCGGCGGUGAAGACGAAAGUGGGCACGACGAGCUCGACACGCGUGUGCGGGGCGACCCCGGCGGCGGGCAGUUGACUCACGUUGACCAGGCAAGCUUCCAGCUGGAUGCCUUUGGAACAUCGUUUAUUCUUGAUGUCCUGCUAAACCAUGAUUUGCUGUCCUCUGAGUACGUAGAGAGACACAUCGAACAUGGAGGGAAGACUGUGGAAGUGAAAGGAGGAGAACACUGUUACUACCAGGGCCACAUCCGAGGAAACCCUGUCUCAUUUGUGGCGUUGUCAACAUGCCAUGGACUUCAUGGGAUGUUCUAUGAUGGGAACCACACCUAUCUCAUUGAGCCAGAAGAAAAUGACACCUCCCAAGAGGAUUUCCGUUUUCAUUCGGUUUACAAAUCCAGACUGUUUGAAUUUCCGUUGGAUGAUCUUCCAUAUGAAUUCCAACGAGUAAACAUCACUCCACCCAAAUUUAUUUUGAAGCCAUCACCAAAAAGGAGUAAACGGCAGCUUCGUAGACGUCCUCGUAAUGUAGCAGAGGAAACCAAAUAUAUUGAACUGAUGAUUGUGAACGAUCAUCUCAUGUUUAAAAAACAUCGGCUCUCAGUUGUACAUACCAACACGUAUGCGAAAUCUGUGGUGAACAUGGCGGAUUUGAUAUAUAAAGACCAACUUAAGACAAGGAUAGUAUUGGUUGCCAUGGAAACCUGGGCGGCUGACAACAAGUUUGCCAUAUCUGAAAAUCCAUUGAUCACCCUGCGUGAGUUUAUGAAAUACAGGAGGGAUUUUAUCAAAGAGAAAAGCGAUGCAGUUCACCUUUUUUCGGGGAGUCAAUUUGAGAGUAGCCGGAGCGGGGCAGCUUAUAUUGGUGGGAUUUGCUCGUUGCUGAAAGGAGGAGGCGUGAAUGAAUUUGGUAAAACGGAUUUAAUGGCAGUUACCCUUGCCCAGUCACUCGCCCAUAAUAUUGGCAUUAUCUCAGACAAAAGGAAGUUAGCAAGUGGCGAGUGUAAAUGUGAGGACACGUGGUCUGGAUGCAUAAUGGGGGACACAGGGUAUUAUCUUCCUAAGAAGUUCACCCAGUGUAAUAUUGAAGAGUAUCAUGACUUCCUGAAUAGUGGAGGUGGUGCCUGCCUUUUCAAUAAACCUUCUAAGCUUCUUGAUCCACCUGAAUGUGGCAAUGGCUUCAUUGAAACUGGAGAGGAGUGUGACUGUGGGACCCCAGCAGAAUGUGUCCUUGAAGGAGCAGAGUGUUGUAAGAAAUGCACCUUGACUCAAGACUCUCAAUGCAGUGAUGGUCUUUGUUGUAAAAAGUGCAAGUUUCAGCCUAUGGGAGCUGUGUGCCGAGAAGCAGUAAAUGAUUGUGAUAUCCGUGAGACCUGCUCAGGAAAUUCAAGCCAGUGUGCCCCAAAUAUUCAUAAAAUGGAUGGCUAUUCAUGUGAUGGUGUUCAGGGAAUUUGCUUUGGAGGAAGAUGUAAAACCAGGGAUAGACAAUGCAAAUACAUCUGGGGGCAAAAGGUGACGGCAUCAGACAAAUACUGCUAUGAGAAACUGAAUAUUGAAGGGACGGAGAAGGGUAACUGUGGAAAAGACAAAGACACAUGGAUACAGUGCAACAAACGGGAUGUGCUUUGUGGUUACCUUUUGUGUACCAACAUUGGUAAUAUCCCGAGGCUUGGAGAACUUGAUGGUGAAAUUACAUCUACUUUAGUUGUGCAGCAGGGAAGAACAUUAAACUGCAGUGGUGGGCAUGUUAAGCUCGAAGAAGAUGUAGACCUUGGCUAUGUGGAAGAUGGAACACCCUGUGGUCCCCAAAUGAUGUGCUUAGAACACAGAUGUCUUCCCGUGGCUUCCUUCAACUUUAGUACUUGCUUAAGCAAUAAAGAAGGCACUGUUUGUUCAGGAAAUGGAGUUUGCAGUAACGAGCUGAAGUGUGUGUGUAACAGACACUGGGUGGGUGCAGACUGCAGCACUUACUUCCCUCACAAUGAUGAUGCAAAGGCUGGUAUUACUCUGUCUGGCAACGGUGUUGCUGGUACCAAUAUCAUAAUAGGCAUAAUUGCUGGCACCAUUUUAGUGCUGGCCCUCAUUUUAGGAAUAACAGCAUGGGGUUAUAAAAACUAUCGAGAACAGAGACAGUUACCCCAGGGAGAUUAUGUAAAAAAGCCUGGAGAUGGCGACUCUUUUUAUAGCGACAUUCCUCCUGGAGUCAGCACAAACUCAGCAUCUAGUUCUAAGAAGAGAUCAAACGGACUCUCUCAUUCUUGGAGUGAAAGGAUUCCAGACACAAAACAUAUUUCAGACAUCUGUGAAAAUGGGCGACCUCGAAGUAACUCUUGGCAAGGUAACCUGGGAGGCAACAGAAAGAAAAUCAGAGGCAAAAGAUUUAGACCUCGGUCUAAUUCAACUGAGAGGGAGCCCCAAGCACGUGAGCCUGGGCACUCCCUCGCCCAGACAGUCCCAUCCCAAGGCAUAAGCCCAGGGGGCUCUGACAGCCCCCAGACAGGGAGUCUGGAUCACAGGUAUUUAAACCCAUGGUUCAAAAGAGACUAUAAUGUAGCUAAGUGGGUAGAAGAUGUGAAUAAAAACACUGAAGGACCAUACUUUAGGACUUUAUCUCCUGCCAAAUCUCCUUCUUCGUCAACUGGAUCUAUUGCUUCCAGCAGAAAAUACCCCUACCCAAUGCCUCCCCUGCCCGAUGAGGAGGAGAAAGUGAACCGACAAAGUGCCAGGCUAUGGGAGACAUCCAUUUAAGAUCAACUGUUUACAUGUGAUACAUCGAAACUGUUUACUUCAACUUUUAUAGAAACCCAGCCUCACGGAAUCACUGCAAAUCUAUCUGCUCUUCAGACAAUUCGAAAACAUCGCUGAAUGCCACAGAGGGGAGGAAGUCGAGUCUCACAUCUGGAUAUCACUUUCUUUUUGUCAUUGGCUUAGGAUUUAACUGAACCAUGAAGAGAACCACUGAAAUGUGACACUAUAACAUGGAACAGUAAAGGUACUGGUAUGUUCAUGGAUAAUCCGCAUGACAGCUACAUGUAGAAAUAUCACUAAACUUAACUCACACGACCCAAAUGUAGCAAGUUUCCUAAGGGACAGUAGUGGAUUCAGAACUUGCCAUUCUGAAGCCCAUCCUCAUUGUAGACAGUAAUGCUCUAUGCAUGAAGCUUCUGUUUAUUGUUUUCCACAUUUAAGGAAACAACAUCUCAUAAUAGAAACUAGCAUGCAGGGCUAAGGCAUCUAGGGUUUUUCUCUGCAGGACUUUAAAGCUUGAGAGGCCAAUAUCCUAUGCGCUCACUGUAAACAUGUAUUUUUUAUUUUAUUUUAUUUUUUACUUUUCAUAUUUAUUAUCAGCAUCCAAGGACCAUUGUACAUAUGUAAACAUUUUUAAAAUUAAAGAAAAAAGCAGCUGUUACACACAAAUGUAUUUUGCCAAAUGCCUAACGACAGUCAGUCACCAUCACGUCACCAUCAUCCACCAGAUGGUCUUUAAAGAUUGUAAGCAGCUGAUGUUGUAAAUAUCGUAGUCAGUGCUGUAUAUGUGUCUCCCUAUAAUUGAUACUUGUCCAAAACAUGUGAUAUCCCUUUAAGCUGUGUGCAGUCCAGAGGCAGUUUUAUUGAGUAAUUAAUUGAACAAGAGAACAAAAUGCCCAGUAAAACCUAGAGCCUUUGCAGCCUGCUGGGCCAGGAAUCCGGGGGUGCCGCUGCUGUCCUGCCUCCAGGUGCGCCGCUGUUCCCUGGGAAUCCUCCAGCCUGUCCCCUUUCCUUCUGGGGGCUGCAGUGUCUGCCUCAGCACCUAUUAGUUCUCGGUUCCAGAGCACACCUGCUGGCCUCACCCUGGGGGCCUGCGAGCCCCACAGCAGCGUGUCCUGCUGGGAUUAAGCAAGUGCACCAAAGACAUGGGAGACCACAGCUGCUGCAGCAUUGGUAGCCUCUGACAUGCCAAUCCUCAAACCCUUUGUGGCCUAAACUUUGGUUCUUUUACAAAACUUUUUAGCCAUCCUCAUCUGUGACAUGAAUGACUUGUUUUAGUACAAACAACUUUUACCCUGUUUGUUAAGGGUUUUUUAUCAGCGGUGGGAUAUGAGUCCCAACAGGUCAUUCUGCGCUGACUUGUAAGUAAGUAGUGGAAGGUUCCACCAGCUGGGCUGGGAAGCCGCAACAGGCCACCGAGGAUUGACAGAAACCUAAAACCAGGAGUGCGCAGCCAUGGUGAAGUCACCCAAACAGCUGGCACGGGGAAGAAUCUGAUGUUCUGAACUCUGUAUUUUUUUAAUCCAUGGGAAAGUAAGAAAUCUACUUUAAAUCCCCUUCUUUAAAACCAAAGUUUGAUGGCUGUCAUUGUGCAGCUCUAUCAUUCUGAAAGAAAACUUCUCUUGGGAGGCUACACUAGUAAGCUCAGAAAUUGAUGGGAUCAAUCAAAUUCUUUGUUGUGACCAAUAACUCUGAAUUUCCUCAUUUUCUCUCCUUGGUCUUGAGAGGAAUAGAAUAUGCAGAUAAAAUUUUAGAAAUGUCCUAUAAAUUUGAUCUCUCCCAGUAGUGUCCAAGGACAAAGUCCAUUCAUCUCCACGUGUAAUGAUCUUGGAGGCCUACACUGAAUGGCUCAGUUAGAAGGCGGUGUUCUAUACUCUGUGUGUUUAUGGCUUCUCUAAAGGACCUCUCUUCUGAAAGUCUGAAAACAUUUGAAAAACAGUUUAAUCAACCAAAAUGAUAGACAGCAUUUUUUCAUGACAGGAAGGGAUGUGAUUGUCAAGACGAAAAUAAAUGAUCCAUCUGAGACUAAAGUCUGGGUGAGCAGUGGGUGGUGAUGUUGCCACGGAGCUCAGCCGAGGACAGGAGGGCAGACAGAUUUAAAGAUGUAGCAAAGAAAGUGGCUUUUGCCCAAGAUCACUUUUAUGUGCACUGAACGUUUUCUGGAAUUGAGUGUAUAAAAGGCUAAUGUUAUAAGGUUUAUUUUGACUAUAAUAGAGUUUAUAGAUUUGAAUGUAAGGUACCUCGUGUAAAUAUGCUUCCUAGUUAUGGUUACACAUCCCUGAUUUGAAAGAAUCCACAAAUGAUUAGCUAUGCAGUCAACAGGUCCCUUCCCCCUUCUCCCUCUUUCCUCACCUUCUCAAUUAUUUUUACUUGAAAAUGACUAUUUCAAGUGAAAACUCAUUACCUGUGCCUUUUGGGAGACAUGGUGGCUCUAGAGGUACAUAGCUUAUAGUCAGCUUCCUCAGUAAUAACCUUCACAGGGAACUGACCGAAAAGUGUUUUGUUUGCAGAGAGAUUAUGAUUUUAUAGUAGCUUUAAUGUUCUAUUCUGGAUAUCUGCUCUCGACAGGGAUGCUUAAACAUUCUUACAGCCAUUUGCAGAAUUCUUUGACAAGUUUAUCAUUUCUGUAGAUAGUUUUGAGGAGUACCCAUCCAUGUGCUUAUGGUUGGUGUUUUUAGAUGUAUUAAAGCUAAAUAUUCAUGGCUUUUCAUCCACUGAGGCAGAGAAAAUGGACUCAUGGCGCUAAACACAAGCACAGCAUUAUUUUUAUUAUUUUUUUGAAUAUUUAUUUUGGAGAGGAACUUUGAGGCCACAUAGCAGUUUGUAUCAUGCAACAAAUAUUUAUACACCCCAGUCAACUAUAGGACUAUUAUACCAAGCAAAGAAAAGCAGUUGUUUGGCCUUUAUGUUCCAUUGUAUGCCUUUUUCCUCUCUUUCUAAAGUUUUGUGUGUAGAUAAGACUUCAGAUUGACGGCUCUGCAACCUGAGAUGUUCCAUUUACCCAUGGUCAUUCCAGUGCAGUAAACUCUGAUUUAAGGAAACACUUUUCAAUCUCUCCACUAAGAGUGUCAACAAAGGAGGUGUGGGUACCAGGGAGCCCCGAGGGAACAGAUGGGUCAGACUGACUGGUCUCUGUGCGGCUGGCCAGUCUUUCUUUAGACGGGAAGUGAUAUCCUCCCCUGGGGUCUCACAGCUAGAAAGCGAUCCCCUGGCCACAUGUCAUCUGUGGAAAGGAAUAAACUUCUCUGUUUAAACAGUGAGGCAUCAUUAGGGCUUUCAACUUGCUGUGGUUGCUGUAGUUUCUAAAGAAAUCUAGUGCUGCUCCUUAAAAAAAAAGAAAAAAAGAAAAAAGUUGACUAAUAAAGUAGAUGCAAGGUUAAAAUGCCAAACAUAUGUUUCAGUUUGAUAUAUAGGUGCUUUAUUAAGUGAGGCUACAGUUUCUCUGUUUCUCUCACCCUUGCUUUAAAAAGGCUUUUAAAUUGUGUUAAUACAUAACGUCAAUCCAGCGUAGAUUCCUAAACGUAAGAUUGACAGGGUUUCUAAAAGAAGUUCCUGAAAAGGCAGAACUAGGUGUUGCACGCACUUCCACAGAAGGACAGUUUAUGUUUGAAUUCUAAAACAAGGCUUGUAUUUCUUACAUUUCUCUUUUUCCUGUUGAUCCUCUUGCAGAUUUGCAUAAUUGAAUCUAGUCCUUUGUCUUAGAUCUCUUGUGGCUCCUUUACCUGUUACAUUUUUAGAUUUUCUUCUUUACUUUUUAUAGUUACGUAUGGGCCAGAGCAAAUAUGGUAUUUCUAAUCACUUCCAGUGUUUCAAAAUCAAGUUUAUUUACUAAUCUCAUCCGUUCUUCAUUUCCUGUUGUCAUGGCUCUAUUUUAACAUUUAUAUUUAGUGCUUUAAAUAUUUCCUUGUGUUACUAAACAUGAUAAUAAAUCCCUACCUAAAGAGAAGACUAUUUUAUUUUACUUUAUUUUACUUCAACUUAAAGGAAAAGGAAUUUAUUGGAAUUUACUGAGUAGCUUGCCAGGUAUAUGGGACGGGCAGAACAGUGCAGCACGGAGUAAAGGUGAUGAAGGCGUGAAGGGAGGCAGGACAGCUCCCCGCCAGCCUGAUAGGACGCCUCCUGUGGGCAGCAUGUUUUAAAUGCCAUCCUACCAGUCAGUAAAUUGGCAUGAAUUUUACCUGAAACGCUCUGACUCCCAUCUGCAAGCCUAUUACCUACUUUUUAUGCUUCUAAUUAUCUUUUUCCUUUCACGUCUGUAUUUUCCUCUAAAACUGACACUCAAAUGCUUUUUUUUUCUUCAAUGAAUUUCUUAUUCUGUCAGCUUAAAAUAAAUAUGAAGCAAAUAUUGCUAUGGAAAAGGGCUCAACUGGUGGCUCCAGCUUUUAACUUUUCCAAAUGGAUAAGACUAUUCUGAUUUCAGAGGCAGCAACUUUUCCUCCAGCACAGGCUAGCUUCAUAACGGCCUCUCCUGUGUACUGGAUCGCCAAGCCCCCAGCCUGCUCUGAUGAGAAUCAGCUGAGAUGCCGCCCACUUGGCUCUGCGGCGCGGGGCAGGGUUCAGAGGGUGCCCCGUGGGGUGGGGGUGGGGUUCAGAGCAGCCACACCUGCUGGGAACCUUUGGCACAUGCUUUGUGGGCAGGUGUUUUUAAUUCUAGGAGGACUUUUCAACCAGGCCUGCAAAUGCGGAGCAAGGAAAGAUGCAGCGGGACCUUGGAAAUCAGGAGAUAAUCCUUCUGUUAAUAUUUUAUUCAUUGCUUUGUCAGAGUCCCCCAAAUAGAGUAUCUUCCGGUUCAGUUUAGAUGUAGAAAAACAAAAACCUGCCCAGUAUUUUUGUCUUCAGUAUCCAGAGCCUGACAAACAGUAAGCAUCCUCACUGUGGGUUUGAGAGAUCUUUCCUCGCUACUUCCAAAGUGGCUCCACCUCCAGUAGCGGUCAGCUCUUUUCUCCUGACUAGGAACUUUGACUGCCAUGAAGGUAAGUCCCUUCUUUGCUUAAAUUGGCACGUGGGGAUCCACUGAGGUGGGGGAUCAGGGGCUAGAGGCACUUUGCGUGGAUUGUGCAGUUUGGGAAGUCACUGAGAGACUGGUUCUCAGGGUGUGUUUCAGGAUGUAGAGGAGGUGAGCAGCAGCGAGCCUUGGGAGGUUAUGGGGCAUUCAGCCCUCGCAGGGGAGCAGAAAGCUGAGCCACACGAAGAGCUCAGAAGCCAAGAGCACAAGUUGGCCACUGGUGGUGUGGUAGGGAGAGAGGUGCUGAGUGCCUACGGCAGGCCUGUGUGCCUUGCAGUUUUACUGAGUGUUGGCUGUAUGAAUACUCCAUUGUCCAGGUGCGAUGGGCCAGUCACUCCUGCCUGGUGAGUCCCUGUUGCAUUGUCCAUAGAACCUGUAUCGUACCUGGAGGUGCUUCAAAGCUGACAAGGUUUUGGUUUAAGGACAUCAUCAUUUCAUGUUUUUUAGGUAUCCUUGAAAUCAAAAUGAGGAAACAAGUGUGUUUUGUUUUUGUUUUUUUACAAAAAGGCAUACAAUGAGACUAGUGACGUGAAGAUAAUGUGUUCACAAAUUUGUCAAUACAACUUUUAAAGAGUUCAUGAAGAAAAGGGCAUUUUCCUCUCAAGUUAAAAAAUACAUGUGCAUAUAAUACUAAUCUACGUUUACUUUAGGGCUUAGCCUCUCUUUUUAUGAAGUUUCAGAUGUAGGUUUGUGUUUUCAUAGUCAGGCUCUAAAAAAAUUGCAAACAGCCCCCAAAAUCUUUAAACACAGAGGUGCUAAGUUAUACCAGAUGACACCAAACAGAAAGUGCUCAUAGGAAUUAAUACAUUUAUUCAGUAAUAACACAAGAAUUUUUCCUAAAUUAUACAUGUGUAUCACUGCCUGAUGAGAAACCCCACUUUUCUUUUCUAAUCCAGCACAAAAUCCAACUGUGAUUCUGCAGCCAGUCUUUUUAAUAUGUAAAAAUGACCCAACAUCUUUGUUUUGUAUGGAAGGCUUUUUUUUUAAAACACUAAUUUCAAAAGUGCUUAGCAAAUGUUUAUUCAGAAUAAUAAGCAUGUACUCCUUUUUUAACUUGCUGGAAGAGACUUGCCCCUCCAACCACACAUCACAAAAAGACAAUUCCUUUUAGAAACUGAGCGUUUUACCUAAACAGAGCAGUUUAUAUGUUUGCUCGUGUACUCCAUGUCCCUCAUCUUCAAGGGGUGAUGUCCUAUCUACAGCUAGCGGAAGCCACUUGGUGGGGAAGUGUUGACAGCAGCACGGUUUCACUUUCGGUAACCAGGGAAUCACGUGUAUAUACUUAGGUUGGCUUCUUUUUAAUACUAUAGUCUCUCUGCUACUCCGCGCUUGGGGUUAUUUGAAACAUUACUGGGUUUUGGCAAACAGCAACUGAAAUAUACAUGGCAACUGCUUUCCAGAGCAAGCGUGAUUUGUUUCAUGGCUGUUCAAGUUAUAACGUUGUUCUUAUACUGUAGGUCAACAAAAUCUUGCUGUUUUUAAAGGUCACUGUUAACAUAAGGUUCAAAUCUCGGGCACAAUUUUAUUAGUGUUCACUUCUGAAGCUAAUAAGGUACCACAGUUUUCUAUGUUACUCUUCAUUGUAACAUCAAUAAAGUGACUUUCAAUAAAAGAUUUAUGUUAUUUUGA